AUGCAUCUCGAUCACAAAAUUCCCUGGAAGACGGCAGCAUCCCACUUCAACCUCGUGCCAUCAAACACAGAGGGCCGCUUCGAUGUCGUCGCCCUCGACCUCCCUUCUCAAGCAUCCACCCUUGGCCACUUCAGUCGCGUGGUUUCAGCAACUAUCAAAGAAUUUUCAGAGACUGAGCUUACCAAAGUCCCAUCUGCUCCAUCAUCUGCUAAGCUAUUCUCUGAUGAUGUCCUUGUCUUUCCGGAGCGGCAUUUCGGUCUCGGCCCACAUGACACCAACUCAGCUCUGCACAAUCCGUUGUCAACAUCCCACCAGGAUGUCAAGUAUUGGCAAAGACGAGCUGAAGGAGGCGACUUCUGCACUUCGGACGGCGAUUUGGCUGAUGCAGUCAAGAUGCUUGUUGUGAUAGCGGCCGUUGCCCCGAAGAAACCCCUUCGUAUUGAAGCCCUGGCUGCUCUCUUGAGACUUGCCUCGGAAACCCCUCUGUCACAGUUGCGAAGCUUGAGCUGGGGCCAUGCGUUUGGAGCGAACCUUGUCGCUAGCGUGGCACUACAGGCCUACGUGCUCUUGAACUUGACAGAGGCGGUUCAAUGUCGCCAGAAGGAACACAUCUCACUUUUGAAGAUUGACCCUCUUAUGGGUGUCCUGAACAGAGAUGCACUACAGGACUAUGACUACCCUGCUCAAAACAUCCCUCAUCGUGCAUUCUGGAGUUCUAUCGGAGUCUUGGACCUGAGCAGGGGAGCUGGCGGCGAUGAGUGUGUCGUCGUUGAUCCACUUGCUCAAGAGAACGACGAGAUCCACCAAGAGGCGAGAAGCGGGCUGCGACAAUAUCUGAAGGAUUGCUUUGCCAUAUUAUACGUCUAUGAUGUUGUUUUGAGACAGGCCUGUGGCUCGAACGAAGCAGAAGAGUUCUGGGCCUAUGAAAUGGGUGGUGUAUUCUGGAGGCUUGGGUGUAAAAUGAAGGAUAACUAG